AUGACUGCAGUGGCGAACCUGCGCGAUGUCCAGGACCUGCUGACGAUCAGGAAACGCGAUCUGGAUGAAUGGGCGCGACAGGAGAAGGCUGCUCAAGCAGAGUUCCUGACGCUUGUGAGCGGCGGCACGGGGUCAAGUGCUACACCUCGCCCGAGCUUUGCGGCGCUGCAGGGGCUGUUUAAGCGCAAGAUCAAGCGAGCCAAGAAGAAACCAGCUGCGGAGCAAGAAGACGACGACGACGAAGAAGAGGACGAAGCCGAAGACUAUGACGAAGAUGACGACGACGAUGCCGAAGAAGAAGAGGAUGCCUGUCCGUCUGGAUGCGACUUGACUCUGUACGAGAAGGUGCUGACCUUGCGUGAGAAGCGUGCCGAUGUAGACGACGCCAUGGGGGAGCUGAACAAGGCGAUCGAAGAGCUUCGGAAGGCCGGAGAGCGUCAGACAGCCGAGCAACGUGCGAUCAACAAGGAGCUGGCUGCGACGGAGCAGGAUACGCAGCAGUUCCAGAGCAACCAGCUGGACGUCGUGGUGCCGCUCAGUACGCGGCAACUAUGUUGUCUUCAAGCCCCGUCUCCGACUCAGCAGAACUGGACGCUACCUGCUCAAGCUGCUGGCUGCCUCGUGUUCACCACUCGCGCCUUCUCUGCGUUGUCUGAGCGUAUCGAGUCGCUGCAAGCAGAGACCAAGAAGCUGCGUCAACAGUUCCGAGACCUCCACAAGCAGCAGAACGUGCUUGCUAAGGAGAAGCGUCAGCAGCAAGAAGCCAUUGCAAGAGCUCAGGACCGCAGCGAGCAGCUCAUGCGACUGAAAUUUGGACAGCUAGUGGACCUGGAGGUGCUGGAUCGCGCUUGUGACGCGUCUUUGGUUACGCGAGGUCGAAGUGCCGAGUCUGCUGUGCUUAAUGCGCCGGGAGGGGCUUGUGCGUCAUUUGCGACGGGUGAGUCAGGAAUGGCGUUCUCCCAUGCAGCAAUGCAGCCCUCGUCGCCGUCUACGUCACCGCCAUCUUCACCAUAA